AUGUCGCACAAGCCGACUGACAGUUCUCGGCCCGGAAGACCGCCCAAGAGAGCGUCGUCCGUGGGCCUGUCGCUGGCCGCGUCGGCCUCGCACUUGAGUCAUCAGCUUAAGAAACACCGUCUGGAAAACGGAGACUACGUCGCCGGAGUUUACGAAAACGGACAUUUGCAAGAUUCGCCCCGCAUGGAAAAAUCGCCGCUGCUGGCUAACGGAUACAAUCAGCCGCCCACACACCUCGGACACAUGCAGUACAUGCAGCAGUUCAGCCACCACCACCAUCAUCCGGCGGCCGCACACGCCAUCAUGAACCCGGCCGGUCUGUCGCACCCCGCGUUACCCCGUCCAGACGCGCAGCUACUUAAGAGCCAAGGACUCUCCAUGGAAGCGUUGGCCAGUUCGGGUAUAUGGGAAAAAGCGUACGCCGGCUUCAUGAAACAACUAGAAAGAGCCAACGACGAACGAGUGGGCGACAUGAAUCGGGCGCUAAACUUUGAUCAGAAAGCAAGAGAUUUGACAUCGCAAAACGGUUCGUCCGAAGGGCACAGCCCCGUUUUGAACCUGUCCAAAACGGGAGGCGAUCAUUCGGGACCGGCCAGCGAUCAUUCGGCUGGCGGCAACACAAACGUCGACGACGAAGACGACCUGGACGAGGACGACGACAACAUUUCCGACGGCGAAGAAGACGACAUCAAGGAUCACGACCUCAGCGACAAUCCGGACGUGGGAGGCAAUAGCAGCGCACACGGUAGCGUCACGCCCCCGCCACAGGCGCUGAACUUCGGUUCCGCCGGAUCCGGGGACAUGGGUUUGCCAUACAUGACCACCGAGUCUCUGCUCCGGAAGAUACAAGCCCUGCUUAAGGCCGCCGCAGAUAAGAUCCGAGACGACGACCGCGCUUUGAACUUCGAAAAAGCCGAGUUGAAAAUGGACGUGCUCCGUGAAAGGGAAGUCAAAGGAAGUCUAGAACGACAGUUGGUCGACGCCCAAAAACUGCGGGUCGUUUACCAAAAGCGUCUGCGCAGAGAGAGGAAAGCCAGGAAACGCGUACAGGAUCAGCUGGAACAAGAGUUGAAGCGAAGGGCUCAGCUGGAAGAGAUGAUCAAAGCGGCCGGUGCACCAGCAGACGCACUCCGCGUACUAACAGAGAACAACAACGAAAAGCCGAGGGACAGGUCCGAACAGUCGCAGAGCCCGCAAAACUAUUCGUCGGGACAAGUGCAACGGGGUUCGGAGACGUCCAACGACAAGCAAUGGAACUAUUCGGGAUUGGACCUGAUGAGCUCGUCUGGGGCUGCCGCAUUCUGGCAAAACUAUUCCGAAACGUUUGCGCAGGAGCUCGAUCUGGAACGGAAAGCCAGGCAGCAACAGUCUGCCCAACAGAAUCAACAGCAGAGCCAACACUCGGACAGAGACAUCAAAUCACCCGUUCCAGACAACAGGGCUGCAAAAUUUUUCAAUAAUUCCGUAUUGUUCAGCACUGCAACAUAA